GGCUGUUGCUGAAGAAGAGGCUCACAAGAGUCCAGUAGUGGGAGACACUAGUUAACCCUGGACGUGUGUGUAUGUAACGAUCUCUGGAGCGGAGUGGUCGGGGGCAUGCAUGCGAGCGAAUCUAUAAGAGAGACUAUAAGGAGAGAAUCAUUUAGUAGCUCAUCGCUCGUUUAAACGGACAUCUAGCCGCUAGCUCGCUUGUCUGCGUCUGUGCGCGUCUGUGUGUGUAUGUGUGCAGUUGUGUACUGUGCUGUCGUCGACUUUUGCGUGUGGCGCUUCACACGACUUGGUUCUUUACACAUAUAAACAGAUCUGCACGAGCCGGCAGAUUGUCAGUGUCGCGAGCUGCUGCUGCGAGACACGCGUCGAGUCGCGCACACAACACACGCACAGGCACGAUGAUGAUCGCUUUUGGAUUCGUGCUGCUGGCAGUCAUCUGCUUCUCCAGCCAUGCUCAGCUACAUCCUGGAAGCCAGUGUCUAACCCCGGACAAUCUGCGGGGCGUCUGCGUCAACAUCAGGGAAUGCGAGUCGAUGCUGAACCUGCUGAUCAACCGAUCCGGUGACCCAUCCACCGCCGAUUAUCUCCGCAGAAGCCAGUGUACCUUCCAGGGCAGAAACCCCAUCGUCUGCUGCGCCUCCAACAACAACAACAACUACCCGACCUACCCCGUUAAUCCACCCCAAUACCCAAGCAACCCCCAAUACCCAAGCAACCCUCAAUACCCAAGCAACCCCCAAUACCCAAGCAACCCACCUUUCAACGAUCCCAGUAGAUUCGGCCCGCCACAACCCAGCGUUGGAGCCUCGUUGCUGCCCCAGGAGUGUGGACAGGACCUGUCGAACCGCAUCGUGGGCGGCGAAAAGGCGGCCAUCGACGAGUUCCCCUGGAUGGCACUGAUCGAGUAUCGGAAACCUCAAGGCAUCGACACGCAUUGCGGCGGUGUGCUGAUCAGCAAUCGCUACGUCCUCACCGCGGCCCACUGCAUCGCGGGCCUCGAGAAGCGUAACUGGUAUCCGGCCAACGUGCGCCUCGGCGAAUACGACACCAGCAAAGCCGUGGACUGCGUCCCGGACGGCGCCGGCGGCGAGACCUGCGCGCCACCCACCGUCAGCAUCCCCAUCGAGGAGCACAUCGUCCAUCCGCAGUACAACUCACCGAAUGCCCAAGAGGGCCACGACAUCGCCCUGCUGCGACUCGCCCGCGAGGUCCGCUUCACCGACUACAUCAAGCCCAUCUGCCUGCCCAGCAGCGCCGACAUCAAGAAUCGCGUCGUGGCCGCCGGCUGGGGCAAGACCGAGGUCAGCGCCAAGUCCGACAUCAAGCUCAAGAUCACCCUGCCGAUUGCCAACCAGCAGGAGUGCAGGGCCAAGUACCAGCAGCAAAACGUCAGACUGAUCUCGAGCCAGCUCUGCGUGGGUGGCCAGCGCGGCUUCGACACCUGCUCCGGCGACUCGGGCGGCCCCCUCAUGCAGCAGAACGCCUACCCGGACGGCACCCAGAGGUGGACCAGCAUCGCCAUCGUCUCGUUCGGCCCGAGGGUGUGCGGAACCGACGGAAUCUCCGGCGUCUACACCAAGGUCUACGACUACAUGCCCUGGGUCUUGAGAAAUUUGAAACCUAUGAAGUGCCUGGUUUAUCUAGCGGUGGUGUUGUUCCUGGCUCAGGAGUCCUUGGCACAGUUCAGCUGCCUGACUCCGGACUCCAGGAUAGGAAGUUGCAUCAAUAUCUACCAGUGUCCGGCGUUGCUGGCCCUUCUGCAGCAGAGACCAUUGCUUCCCGCCUCCGUGCAAUUCUUACAAAAGGCCCAGUGCGGCUUCGAGGGCAAGAAUCCAAAAGUUUGCUGCGAACCUAGCUCCAACGGCAACGGAGGUAACAACGGCAACAACGGCAACGUCUGGGGACAACAGACGACGACGACAACGACCACGACGACUCGUCGGCCGAUCCUGCCACCCAACAACGGUGGCAACAACGGUGGCAGUGGAUCGAACCCCAGCCCACCCGACGUCACUCGUCACCCGAAUCUUCGCCUGCUCGAUCACAAUCUCUGCGGGCCGAUCAGCGACGACAAGAUCUACGGCGGCAACCGCACCAAAGUCAACGAGUUCCCGUGGAUGGCCCUCGUGGCCUACGACACCGGCCUGUCGGAGCCCCAGUAUCGCUGUGGCGGCUCGAUCAUCAACAAGCGCUACAUCCUCACCGCUGCUCAUUGCGUCAGGAACUUGGGCUUCAAUAUGCGCCCGGUCGGUAUCAGAGUGGGCGAACACGACCUCGGCUCCGAGCGAGACUGCGACUACGCCGGCACACCGAACGAAGUGUGCGCCGAAAAAUAUCAAGACUUCGGCAUCGAGCGAAUCAUCGCCCAUCAAAAGUACAACCCAGUCAGUCUGCAGAAUGACAUCGCCUUGAUCAGGCUAAGCCGGGACAUCGACUUCAGGCCGGACAAUGCCAAGCCCAUCUGCAUGCCGGUAGCUCCGGCCAAUAAAAUCAACAGUAACAAGCUGCUGGUGACGGGAUGGGGACUCACCGAGCAACGCCAGGUGUCACCGGUCAUGUUAAAGGUCUCCCUGCCGAUCUUCAGUCAGGAGCUGUGCGGCGAACGCUACAAGGGACAGACCAUCGUCUGGUACAAGCAGAUCUGCGUGGGCGGCGAGCAGGGCAAGGACUCGUGCUCCGGCGACUCGGGCGGUCCCCUCCAGGGCGUCGGCGUCUACAACGGCGAGCCUCGCUACGUCCAGCACGGCCUGGUCAGCUUCGGCCUCAGGAACUGCGGCCAGUCCGGCUUCCCGGGCGUCUACACGCGCCUCGAGUACUAUCUCGACUGGGUCCUCGACAAUAUCAAAGACUGAUUUUCUUUUUUCACACAUGGAUAUUUUACUUAUUAUUAUGACUUUUUUUGUAACUUCGUGGUAGAUGUGCCCAAGUGUGUUCCGACGUACCUCCGCAUGAUUGUAUACUGUAUUUCUUAAUUUUAUUAAAACGACGAUCGAACGUGCAUAAAAAAAAAAGAACAAAAAGUAUAUCGCAGAGCCUGCCCGACAGUUUCUUUGAAUAAAUAAUUGAAUAGAA